GGGGUUCAAUCCCCGGCCCCGCCUGUGUGGAGUUUGCAUGUUCUCCUGCGUGGGUUGUCUCCGUGCACUCCCACAUCCCAAAAACAUGCAUGAAUUGGAGACUCUAAAUUGCCCGCAGGUGUGAAUGUGAAUGUGAAUGUGUUUGUUUAUAUGUGCCCUGCGAUUGGCUGGCAACCAGUUCAGGGUGUAACCCGCCUCCUUCCCGGUGAUAGCUGGGAUAGGCUCCAGCACGCCCGCGACCCUAGUGAGGAGAAGCAGCUCAGAAAAUGGAUGGAUGGAUGUAAUGAAAUUACUUAACACACACCGAAACGUUAGAGCAUGAUUCGACAGAACGCUGGUACAACCACUAGCACUAACAUAACGUUUUGUUGCCUGCUUGCGAGCCGUGUCGUAUUAAAAGUAUGUGAACAUACCUCAAGCAAGCCUUAAGUGAACGUAUUCUCCCGAGCACCAGUGAGCACCAGUACACGUUUUUCCCCAUUUUGUUCUUAUAAUACACGCGUUGCGAUGUCGUUUAAGUUGACAAGAUGAAGCCCAGUGAUUUUAAAAGAUGAAAUGCAGGGGUAUCGGAAUACAAGAUUUUAUUGCAGUAGUCUGACAUAGUACAAUCGUGAAAGACCAAAUUUGUCUUGUAGUCUGAUGCACGCAUUACGUGUUGUCUGUCUCAGACGUGUUGUCUGUCCCACACCGCCGACAUGUUUUUUAAAAUAACUUUAUUGGUUGUCAGAUAUUUACAGUACUAUGUCAAAAGACAUGCGACAAGGCUAAAAAUAAACUAGCUUUUGAAUUCAAAUGUACUGUACACGAUGGCGACGCGGAGUAAAUGUCUUUUGCGGAGCUGAUCAAUGACGUCAUUGACCGGAUCGGCGAAUUAUGACAUUUCAGACGAUCAGCGUACGAUCGGUAUCCGACGGUAUAAAGUCUAAGGAAAACACACUACCAACGUCACUGUUCUCACCGGGUCGUCAGGCAUUAAAUCAUCGUGGCUAUGAGCGUUUGGUUCUCCAGGUGGGAAGAGGAUCGGUUUUCCCGGAUCCUGAAAACUUUCCACAUGUCAACCUGGAGGUUUUUCGCUUCAAAGACUCCAUAGCGAAGGACAUGGAGCAGGCAGACCUCAUCAUCAGCCAUGCGGGGGCCGGAAGCUGCUUGGAGGCGCUGGGCGCCGGCAAAGCACUGCUGGUGGUGGUCAAUGACAAGUUGAUGGACAACCACCAACUGGAACUGGCCAGACAGCUGCACAUGGAGUCGCACUUGCUCUACUGCACUUGCCCCACGCUGACAGAAACGCUGAGGAGCAUGGACCUCUCUGUCCUUCGGCCUUUUGUGCCUGGUCAGCCACAGAAGUUUGCAAACUUUAUGGACAAAGCUCUUGGACUCCAGUGAAACUGACCUAACCGUGGGACUAAUUUAUAUAAUGAUCUCCCCCCCCCCCACACACACACACACACUGAGUUUCUCCACCCACGACAUGUUCUGCUCGACUGUGUGAAGAUCCAGAGCCACUUUCAAGGGACAGCCAGACUGUGCUGCACUGUCUGGAACACUAUCUUGCAGAAGCACAUACAGUACAUACUGUAUCUAACAGGUGCGAGAGUAUCAUGUCAAAGCCAAAAGGUAAGCAUCGGUGCAGUGAGUUUUAUUUGAUACACACGUAUUAGUAUUGGCUGGCAGCGUUAGCUUCUGAUAACCAGCGCAUACUCGAUUGCUUGUUGAAGUUGUUCUCUGGAUAGUUUGAUGAAAGCAUGCCACAGACAUUUUAUUAAGACACCUGGGAACGGUUUUCAGUUGUGGAAAAAAAAAGAGGUCUCCUUUAAUAAAGCACCAUUAUGUCUAAUCUCCUAUCUUCAGCAGGGAACAGGAAGUUUUAUCAAUGUGGUCCACCAUCCUACAGUAUGUAUGUGUGCCAAAGUGCACUUUUCAGGAUGUUUUGUCUACGCUUUGUCAAAGUCACCUCAGGCUUGUAUGCUUUGUAAACCUCACUACAAUAAGGACAAUAAAGA